AUGACCACACUCACGAUGAUGACGACGUGCCGUUUGCUGUGCGCCCUGUUGGUGCUUGCCCUGUGCUGCUGCCCGUCCGUGUGCGCUGCGCCGGAUACGCCUGAAAAGCCUCCAAACACAACUACGACGACUACAUCACAGGCACCUGACCCUACAAAGUCUGGGCUUGGAGAUGAUGUAAACACCACCAGUCUAUCGCUCUCUUUGCCAGGGUCGCCAAGUAAGGAGCCCGUUGUGGAACGCGGAAAAACUGUUGGAGGGGAAGAAGGUUUGACCGGUCAAGAAGCGCCAACAGUUACGGAAGAUACGAAAGAAGUUAAGAACGGCACGACUGGGCCAAGAAGUGGCAACAACCCACCCGCAAAACAAACAAAUGAGGAGUCUGAAGCUUCAGCUCAGACAACGACAAAGACGACUACAACAAAGGCACCAACCACGACGACCACCACUACAACACAUGCACCAAGUACUACGACUACAGAGGCGCCAGCUGUGUCGACCACCCGCACACCGUCACGUCUUCGCGAAAUCGACGGCAGCCUCAGCGGCUCUGCGUGGGUGUGUGCCCCGCUGGUGCUUGCCGCAUCCGCGCUGGCGUACACCGCUCUGGGCUGA